AAAGCCUGGGCGGGGGUGGGGUCUGUGGUGGGGAGAGAGAGAUCGCACAAGCGUCUACUGUAACCCGCAGCCUUUAGAGACGCCCCGUGUGAAAUGAAUUCGCCGCGUUUGCCACGACCACACUGAUAUUUGCAUGUAGCUCCUUAUGGCAGAGAGAGAUUACAGUCCUCGUUUCUCCUUUUAUAAAUAAAGGAUAGAUAUAAUCGACUUUUCCAUGGACCUGCAUUGGGGAUAAUUUUUUUUUGUCCUUUAAAAGAAAAAAAUAGGAAAAACAGCGGAGAUUCGUAAUACCUAAAAGAGAUUUAUUACACUAUAAAUGGUUGUGAUUUGCUAUUGAGAAAAAUAUUUGGUGCUUACCUUGCUUGUAGAUAUAUAUUGGGGUUUGCUGCAUCAUUUUCCGCCUUCACAUGACACUGUGAAGCAUAAUGACAUAUACAGACUGGGUUUCUACACUGUUCAACCAAAAUUGGCUAAUUUAUUGCUUAGUGAAUUUUCUGGUUUCAAUCAGCAGUCUCCUGCCAAAAUCGUAUUUUUUGUAUAAUGGGUCUUUAUCUUACUUAAUGUUUAACUGAACAUUUCUAUAGGUGAUUUUUCAUAAAAUGUAAUACAAAAUGUUCAUAAAGUAGCAUAUGUAUUGAUUGAUUAACUGAUUAAUUCAUCAAAAAAGACUAAAGGCAACACUUUAUGAAUGUUGCAUCUCUGUAGCCUUUACGUCUAUGGAGCCUUUAUGUCUAUGGAGCCUUUAAGUCUUAGCCCUUAAGGAAUAGGCUUGGGGUUCUCGAUACUGCUGUUUUGAUUUGCUAUGAUAGAUUGAUAUGGUUAUUGGAGGUACUUGGCAUCAUAAUAACGAUGGUACUGGUAUAACGGAGGUACUUCAGCAGCAAACUAAGUUACAGUAGUAACAAAACCAUCGUGAGAUAAAACAUGUUAAGAAUAGACAACCAAUGUACAUCUGGUAAAAGUUGUAGAGUUAAUCUAUAAGUAUUUGGCUUAUGUUCUGUAUAACUUCCAAAAAUUGGAACUGACGUGUAUAUUAAGGGCCGUUUAAUUUGUGCUACUGUGAAUUUUUAUAAACUCUGUAUUAAAGAUUCAUGCCAAAUUGCUUUAUGCAAUAUGAAGCCACUUUUCAGAAGCCUACUCCUUAAAUUGCAUAUUUUAUUAUGAUAGCAGAUUUAUCCUAUAAAGAAGCCUAUGAAGGAAAAAUAAUAUUUGCAACUGUGUGAUUAUAUGAUAUGGAUGACCACCAUGAAGCAAAAGAUGAGAUGCGGUGUGCAACAUCACAAGAGAAAACAAAAGUCAGAGAGGAAAGUAAAAGGAAACAGAAGCGAAGCAGAAGCAGAUCCUCCUCCAUCUCUUCCUCUACAUCUUCUAAUUCUUCUACAACCUCGUCUUCAAGAUCUUCUUCCAGGUCUUCUGCCUCACAAAGCAGAAGCAGUUCAAGUAGCAGAGAUUCUUCAAAAGUAAAAGCUAAGAAGAGGAAAAAGGAAAAACACAACAAAAAGAAAAGGAAAAAAGAGAAGAUGAAAAGAAAGAAAGAAAAGAAGAGAAAGAAAGAGAAAUCAAGUCCUGUACAGCUUUCUAAAUAUCUCAAAGAUAAAAAGAAGAAUCAUAACUACAGUAUGAUCACAGGAAAGAAAAUUAAGAUGAAAAUAAAGAAGAGUAAAAAGGAUAAAGAGCGAGAUCGGAACCGAGCAGAACUUCUUGAUUUCUUGAACUCUACUUUUUAGUGAAAAAGCUGUUAAAUGAGGACCAAUAAGUCUGUCAGCUUAUUCAGUCAUCUUGCUCCUUAAAGCACCAAAUACAAGCUCAGGGUGAAGCAUGAAAGAACAUCUUGAUGCACAAGGAGUUGAAAUUGUCCCACUAUGAAGAUAAUUGACAACUCCUUUAAAAAAGGCAAAAUAAUUGGUGACAUUUUAUCAACAAAGAGCCAUAUUGAAGUUGAAAAGAACCUAACCAAACUAGGACAAAGGCAUAAUCAUUCAUUAAAGUGAAAGGAUGUGUUGGAAUUUCGGCCUACUGUGCAUAUCCAAAUUGCAUGCAGAAUGCAACUUUACCAUCUGUUGUCCUUGAUCAUUUUUCUGAUUAAAGCCAAAUAAUAGCAGAGAAGUUCUUAAAGAAGAAUCAGACCCAUGUAUAUAGAUAUUUUUAGUAUUGAGAAUAUUUGCAAACAGCAAAAUACCUCUUUCUGAGUAGUGUACAUUCUCUAAAGCAUUGAGUAGAUUUUUUAAAUCAUUUUCUUUUGUAAAGUGUUUUCCUUUUAAAGUUAGUAAAAAACACUAUAAUUUCAGUUUAUUUAAUGAGGUGCUAGGCAUUUCAUUUAAAAACUCUGGCGUGGUACAACUAUUAAAUGAACAUUAUGAAAUUAGUUUACUGCCCACUGCUGCUUGGUUUUGUUCUUAUUUUGGGUAUGAGGAUUAUUGAUCAGUAUCAGUGAUCCUUCAGAGAUCAAUGAUCCUUCAGUAUCAAUGAUCCUUUUGAGAGGCAUGUAUCAAAGUCCACAUUAUGAAGAUCUUAGUGGGUACCAAUUUCAGUUGAGUGUAAUGGUAUGGAGAACAGAAUGCUCAAAAGAGUGGUUGUGGCAUAUAACCUCACAGUGUAUGAAGUUUCAUUUUGUGAGAAAAAUCCAAUAAAACGUACUGCUUCUGAUAUAAAUUGUUUUAGUGAAAUAUUAACAAGUGUGAAGGAAGCAUAGGGUUAGAAUGAUGCUGUUGAGAAUUACAGCUAUCACAUAGGUUUUUCUUUCCCCAAAACCUUUAAUAAGAAAAAUGUCAAAUGACUUAACAGUUUGUCUUCAUUUUUUUUAAUAUUACAUCCUUAGGUAGCUUGUUUACCACAAAAAAACAUAUAAAACAGUAAAUACUUUUACAAUUUUAAAAAAUAAUUUAUUGAAAUAAUUUUAAAUCAGUAUUGUAUAAUUUAUCAAUAAUUAAAAUAUAGUUAUUAUUCA